UGGUACAUAGUUACAUACCGGUAUGUACAAUGUGAUAGAAACCACUUCCACCAACUUACGUAUCUGUACCUAAUGCAAUGUAACUCAUUUUUUUAAUAAGUGAUAAUGACCGAAAAAUAACAAAUGAAGCGAAUUUAUCGCAGCUUUCGUAUUUAUUUACAUUCGUGUACGAGUAUGUUGUAUUUAUUUUAAAUACGUACCAGUGAAAUUUAUAAUUCGAAGAACCAUUUUGGAAUAUUGUGAAGUCACUCACAAUGGAUUCAAGAGAAGCACACAAUUCAGAUGGGCAAUCCGAUUCAUUCUCAGGCAAGUUCCAGUAUCGCGCCAGAUUACCAAGUUUACAAGAGAUGGCAUCUUACCAAAUAGCCAUCGCCGUAUGGUACGGGUACUUUUCCAGCCAACAGCGAUACAAACAUUACAGCGAUAAAUUGACCGAUAAGCUAGAACUAAACGACUGCCAUAAAUUGAUAAAAACUCUAGCGAGACCUCGAUUCAUGGAGGAAGCGUUGAAAAAACACAUGAAACAAAUUCGCAACGAAACAAUCCACUGCGUUACUCAUUUCCGACAUAAAUUAUUCUCCACAUACCUAGUCGAGUAUCAAAUUCCACAACUUGAUCUCAAUCGCAUCGUAUGGUUCCCAGAUGGUCGAAUUAAUUAUAAAAGCACCGCCUUCAAAAUGCUUCGUUCGAGUACAUUGACCCAAGUGCAAAAAUUCGCCAUCAUGAGUCAUUUCUGCCUGGAAAAUGAGAUCAAAACCAUCGACCUGAAUCGCUCACCAAUGAAAUCCUUCGUUGAAAAAGUGCACGGAAAUCACGACCCUUUACUACUCUACUGGAUAUACUACCUGAAAAAAGAGUUACAUAAGAUUCCACCAUUCUUUACUCGUUCAUCAGACUCGGUUAGAAUAAAUUCGAUGUACAGUUACAAGCAUCGCUGGGAAACAUUUGAAUAUUUCUGGGAUCGUCUCAGUGCUGGAGAUCAACUAUCGUUUAUCAGUUCCAGAUUACCUGCGUUAGAAGUAUAUUGCUGGAAACAUAGACCAUUUUACAAGAUGUCUUACGACCAACAAUGCGAUUUAGUGUGUGGUCAGCCAGCUAUUAUGAUAAUAGUUUUUUUUAAAGUAAUGGACAUGCCCGAAUGGGCACUGAAGGCCUGGAAUAUGACUAAAAGUGUCGUAACUAACAAACAGUUCGUCUGGGUGUUAAGUGAACUACUCAACAAAUACGAUAAAAAUCAAAUUACCUAUUUGCAAGAGGAGAAAAUGAGCGUUUUAUUGGAAAUAUGGGAUACAGCGACCGAUGAACAUAAACAUUUCGCAGCAGAACAGCGGGCAUUGGAAGAAACAAUCGCUCAACAAAUACUAUCGCAGAACUCGCUCAGAACUCAUUUCGCACUGGAUGAUUUGGCUUGCUGGAAACAAGUCGCACCGAGUGGUUUCAAAUUCUUACUGAAAUAUUUAUCUUUAAAAAGUGCAGAAUUCAGAAAAGAUGCCAUUCUCAAUAGAUGCGACUGUAAAUUCAUCAUCAAUUUUGAUUUCGACGUGGUCGGUGAAAUAUUCGAUCUAUGUUUGCCAAAUUUACAAGACAAGGUGGAAUUUAAAACUCAACGAGGUAGAUCGAUCCUCGGGUAUUAUUUUUGUAAAAUCUUAUACUCCAAAGAAGAUCACGAUGAACUAAAUAGAAGAUUAUUGCGUUCCUUUCAAAACUUGAACAUCGGUUCAAAUUAUGUAAACGAGUUCAUCCAAUCGUCCAUUACUAAUAACGUUGUAAAAGAAGACGAGGUACAAACUCAUCAUCACAAUACGUACGAGUGGUUAAAACUCAGCAAAUUCAUCAACAAAAUCCUGCAAGAAAACAUCUCAACAGUUUUAGAAAUGAAACGAUCGUAUAUUUCUUCAUUUGAUAACCACUGUGAUCCUUAUGAACGAUAUGGUAGUUUGGAUGAAUUGAGCCAACUGAUAGAGCAAGAAUACGUACACGAAAAUUUGAAAUAUCUAAAGCUCAAAUUAAUCGAAAAGCUCCGACAAUCGAAAGCUGAGCAAUGGGUUUGGUUAAUACUCCGUUAUGAAAAAUUCUCUGCUGUUUUUUCUUGGGGCUUUGAAAACAAUGAAGAAAUGGUUCUCCAGCUUAAACAAGCUGUGCCAAUUGACGAUAUCAUUAUCAAGGUUUUAAAAACAAUUGCUCGCCAAAGUAAUUCAAUUUAUCAUCCUACUCCACCGUACAAUAACUUGGAGAAAUUUCUAGAAUGGUACUUCUCAGACGUGGCAGAGGAAGUGGCGUCUUUUAAAUUAGGUAUCAUGAAUAAUCCUGAGGCCGCUAAAAUAUUAGAAUCCAUAGAGAAAGACGACCAACAAGUUUAUGGAGAACUUUUGCAGUGGAUUGGCAACCCUAAUUUUCUUCAUUCUGAAAAAAAUCGCCGCGAUAGUAAAUCUUCCAUCAUGAAUAUGUUUCAAAAUAUUCAACACUUCUACUUGGACAAAUAGGAAAAAGAAUCUCUGCUUAGUGUGUAUCCAUCAAGACUGAUAUGAUGUAAAAAAUGUUGAAAAACUAUAAAUAUAACGUUUGGAGAAAAAAAUUACAUCACUGUUGAAGAAAUCACAAGUUUUUUAUUUUUAUUUUUUUUUAUUCGUAAUUGUUUAAACAAGUAUUUUUAUUCGUUCGUUAGUUUUUUAUAAUUAUUUUUAUUUUGUAAAUAAAUGUUGUUUAAUAUUUCGUAAA